GGGCUCUCUUUACCUAUGAAGGCAACAGCAACGACAUCCGUGUGGCUGGCACAGGGGAGGGUGGCCUGGAGGAGAUGGUGGAGGAGCUCAACAGCGGGAAGGUGAUGUAUGCCUUCUGCAGAGUGAAGGACCCCAACUCCGGACUGCCCAAAUUUGUCCUCAUCAACUGGACAGGCGAGGGUGUGAACGAUGUGCGGAAGGGAGCCUGCGCCAGCCACGUCAGCACCAUGGCCAACUUCCUGAAGGGGGCCCACGUGACCAUCAACGCACGGGCCGAAGAGGAUGUGGAGCCUGAGUGCAUCAUGGAGAAGGUGGCCAAGGCUUCAGGUGCCAACUACAGCUUUCACAAGGAGAGUGGCCGCUUCCAGGACGCGGGGCCCCAGGCCCCAGUGGGCUCUGUGUACCAGAAGACCAAUGCUGUGUCUGAGAUUAAAAGGGUUGGUAAAGACAGCUUCUGGGCCAAAGCAGAGAAGGAGGAGGAGAACCGUCGGCUGGAGGAAAAGCGGCGGGCUGAGGAGGCGCAGCGGCAGCUGGAGCAGGAGCGCCGGGAGCGUGAGCUGCGUGAGGCUGCGCGCCGGGAGCAGCGCUAUCAGGAGCAGCGUGGCGAGGCCAGCCCCCAGAGCAGGACGUGGGAGGAGCAGCAGCAAGAAGUGGUUUCAAGGAACCAAGAUGAGCAGGGGUCAACAUGUGCUUCCCUCCAGGAGUCUGCCAUGCACCCGAGGGAGAUUUUCAAGCAGAAGGAGAGGGCCAUGUCCACCACCUCUGUCUCCAGUCCUCAGCCGGGCAAGCUGAGGAGCCCCUUCCUGCAGAAGCAGCUCACCCAACCAGAGACCCACUUUGGCAGAGAGCCAGCUGCCACUGUCUCAAGGCCUAGAACAGAUCUCCCUGGUGAGGAGCCGGCGCCCAGCACUCCUCCAUGUCUGCUGCAGGCAGAAGAGGAGGCUGUGUAUGAGGGACCCCCGGAGCAGGAGACCUUCUACGAGGAGCCCCCACUGGUGCAGCAGCAAGGUGCCAGCUCUGAGCACAUUGACCACCACAUUCAGGGCCAGGGGCUCAGUGGGCAAGGGCUCUGUGCCCGUGCCCUGUACGACUACCAGGCAGCCGACGACACAGAGAUCUCCUUUGACCCCGAGAACCUCAUCACAGGCAUCGAGGUGAUCGACGAAGGCUGGUGGCGUGGCUAUGGGCCGGAUGGCCAUUUUGGCAUGUUCCCUGCCAACUACGUGGAGCUCAUUGAGUGAGGCUGAGGGCACAUCUUGCCCUUCCCUGCUCAGACAUGGGUUUCUUCUUGCUGGAAGAGGCGGCCUGGGAGUUGAACAUUCGGCACUCUUCCAGGAAUGGGACCCCCAGUGAGGAUGAGGCCUUAGGGCUCCCUCUGACUUGGCAGACUCAGCCUGUCACCCCAAAUGCAGCAAUGGCCUGGUGAUUCCCAAACAUCCUUCCUGCAUCCCUCUGACCCUCCCGCACAGCUUGGCUCUUGCCCCUGACAGGAUACUGAGCCAAGGCCUGCCUGUGGCCAAGCCCUGAGUGGCCACUGCCAAGCUGUGGGGAAGGGUCCUGAGCAGGGGCAUCUGGGAGGCUCCGGCUGCCUUCUGCAUUUAUUUGCCUUUUUUCUUUUUCUCUUGCUUCUAAGGGGUGGUGGCCACCACUGUUUAGAAUGACCCUUGGGAACAGUGAACGUAGAGAAUUGUUUUUAGCGGAGUUUGUGACCAAAGUCAGAGUGGAUCAUGGUGGUUUGGCAGCAGGGAAGUUGUCUUGUCGGAGCCUGCUCUGUGCUCCCCACUCCAUUUCUCUGUCCCUCUGCCUGGGCUACGGGAAGUGGGGAUGCGGAUGGUCAAGCUUCCACCCUGGGUAUUCGAAAACAGCAGACACAACAUGUUCCUCCACACGGCUCACUCAAUGCCUGCCGGCCCCAGUGUGUGCCUCAACUGAUUCUGACUUCAGGAAACGUAACACAGAGUGGCCUUGGCCUGUUGUCUUCCCCUAUUUUCUGUCCCAGCUCAUCCGUGUCCCUGAAGAACAAAUAUGCUUUUGGACCACGAA